UUGACAUAACCCCAUACAAAAGUCGAAAGCAAGUUGAUUAAUAAAAAGAUAAAAACACCUGUAUUUGAGUAAUAUUUAGAUAACUGGCAGUUAAUUGUGAUGACAAACGAUAUGUGAUAAGAUUAUAAAUACUAUUACUUUUCUGUGUCAAUUAGAUAGUUUAGUCCCAGUAAAUUUGAAAAAAACAAUGAGCGAGACGAAAAAAAGAGAACUUCCAUCUACCAUGAGGAAGGCUUUAGCAGUAGAUGCAUACAUUACAGAUAAUUUUGUAAAAGCUGCGGAAAAAUUUUUGGCUUUUCGUUCUUUAAAAACGCAUUAUCGAGCACUAGAGAUAUCAUGUCAUGGAAUUGUUUGGAUCGCGACUUGGCUCGCUUUUAUAUGGAUAAUAAAUAGUAAACAUCUGUAUCAGAUGCAAGUUAAUUUUCUGAUAGGUUUAUUUACCGAUAUUUUAAUUAUUGCUAUUAUAAAGGCACUAGUUCGACGAAGAAGACCAACGCCGAAUACUGAUAUUUUUGGAAUAGGUCCUGAUAAAUUUUCCUUUCCAUCAGGCCAUGCUUCGCGAGCAAGUUUUAUAGUUUACUUUUUCAUCAAUUUAUGGCCAGUGAAUUAUAUUUUCAUCCCUCCUUUAUUAGCAUGGUCGUUUAGUAUUUGUCUCUCGAGGGUUUUAAUGAGAAGACACUACUUACUCGACGUAGUCGCCGGAAUUUUGUUCGGUAUCAUAAAUGGAAUUUUAAUCGGUACCAUGUAUCUAACACAAGAAACAAGUACAGAUCUUAUUUCGUGGAUCAGCGACGAAAAAUUAGAUGGUGGCGAAUAUCACGUGUGAAAAUUUACUUUUUCAAUUAAGUAACAAUAUUUUUUUUCAAAAAGAAAAUUCUUUAAAAAUACAAUUUGAAAAACAUAAAAAAUAUGAAAAAUAUAAAAAAUAUGAAAAAUAUACAAAAAUUACAAUUUUAUAAACUAAAAAUUAUAUUUUCGGAAAAGUGAGAAAAUAACGGGAUUUAAUUGCCUUAAAAAAUUGUUACACAGCUUUACAUAAACUUUAAAACCAAAAAGGGAAAAAAUAAAAAUUUAUUUUCUAA